AUGUCUGGUACAUUUCCUUCAAAGAAGCCGGACUGGUCCAAUCUCGAAGUCAUUCACAGGGGCACGCUCCCAGCCCGUGCCUACUUCCACAUCUACAACGAUGAGGCAAGCGCACUACAAGCAUUCAGCAGUCGUGCUUGCACUUUGAAUCUGAGCGGCACAUGGAGAUUCCUUCAUAGCAAAAGUCCUUUCUCAGCGCCCCAGGGAUUCGAGAGCCCCGACUUUGACACCUCCAGUUGGAGUGACAUCCAAGUUCCCGGUCACUGGCAGCUGCAGGGCUGGGGUGCUCCUCAUUAUACCAAUAUCAACUACAUCAUACCUGUUGAUCCGCCGAAUGUGCCUUUCGAUGACAAUCAGACCGGCAGCUACGUCAGAAAUUUCACUGUCCCACCAGAAUUUGUUGAUCAACAACUUAGACUCAGGUUUGAAGGAGUCGACUCUGCCUUCCAUGUUUAUGUCAACGGCAAUGAGGUGGGAUACUCGCAAGGCUCUCGCAAUGCAUCUGAGUUCGACAUCACGAAAUUUGUCAGUCACAAGGUCGACAACAUCCUUGCUGUACGAGUCUAUCAAUGGUCAGACGCAAGCUAUCUCGAGGACCAGGAUCAGUGGCGCUUCAGUGGUAUUUUCCGCGAUGUCGCUCUUCAUGCUUUCCCGGACUUUCGUGUGGAGGACUUCUACGUACAGACUGCACUAGACGAUGAUUACAAGGAUGCUACCUUGAAAGUGAAUGUGCUUACAAGCGGGACGGGCACACUGGCUCUAAGGCUCAUUGAUCCUCGUGGCCAGCCUGUGGCAGCCGAGAAGAAAGAAGUGACUGGGUCUUCCACGACUUUUUCGAUCAAGCUUUUUCGGUGGGCGACACAUAGCCAGAAUGUUGGAUUCCGUCGUGUUGAGAUCGUUGAUGGGAUCUACAAAAUCAACGGACGACGCAUCGUGUUCCGAGGCACCAACAGGCACGAGCACCAUCCUUCACACGGUCGAGCAGUCCCCUACGACUUCAUGAAGCGGGAUCUUCUGAUCAUGAAACAACACAAUCUCAACGCAAUCCGAACAUGUCAUCAGCCCAGUGACCCCAGGCUGUAUCACCUCGCCGACGAACUUGGCCUCUAUAUUAUGGAUGAGGCCGACCUCGAAUGCCAUGGCUUCGGGCAGAUCGCAGAAGCGGCCCUCCUUAAAGACGUCAAGAAGAGAGAUCUGGACUUCCAACAGCGUAAAGAGCUAACCCAAAGUUCUGCAGGAUCUUGGACAUCGGACAACCCGGCAUGGAAGCAUCAGUACGUCGAUCGUGCGCAUCAACUUGUCAGCCGUGACAAGAACCAUCCCUGCGUCGUGAUGUGGUCACUGGGAAACGAGGCAUUCUAUGGCUGUAAUUUCCAGUCAAUGUAUGACCACAUCAAAUCCAUCGAUCAGACACGUCCUAUACAUUACGAAGGUGAUUUUGAGGCCAAGACUGUUGACCUCUACUCACAGAUGUAUUCAAGCGUUGAUAAUAUCAUCAAGUUUGCGCAGGUCGAAAGCUUCACCAAGCCAUUAGUACUCUGCGAAUUUGUCCAUGCCAUGGGCAAUGGACCUGGCAACAUCAAAGAAUAUAUCGAGGCAUUCUACAAGUACCCACGCUUGCAGGGCGGAUGGGUCUGGGAGUGGGCAAAUCACGGCCUUAUAAGCAAAGAUCUCAAGACGGGCGAGGAGUUCAUGGCCUACGGCGGCGAUUUUGGCGAUGAGCCUAACGACUACAAUUUCAUUCUCGAUGGUCUGAUGUUCUCAAAUCACACACCUACGCCGGGACUCACCGAAUAUGCGAAAGCGAUUGAACCUGUCCAGGUCCUUGGUUAUGAGGAUGGAACUGCGACGAUAGUCAACCGAUAUGACAUUGUGACUCUCGAUCAUCUGGGCUGUCAUGCCUACAUUGUUGGAGAUGGAAUCAGGCAUGAUCUAGGAGUCGUCGAAAUUCCUAGCGAUGUGCAGCCACAUACCCAAACCCACGUUAAACUUCCAGCGUUUGAUGCUUCUCAGCUGUCGAGAGGUGAUAUACACCUUCAGCUCGAUUUCUUCUUGAGAGAAGGCCGAAGCUGGGCGCCAGCAGGCCACAUUGUCGCCUCAUCACAACUGCAGGUCCGAGACCCCCAACCACUCUUGAGCGCCCUCAAAGACACCCAAGACCCUGCACCGCAAGUCGAGCAAUCAGCUCAUAACCUCCAAGUAACCACGGCCAACUCCAAAUUCACCUUCUCCCUCGCCUCCGGCCGCUUGACAUCCUGGAUCAAGGACAGUGUCGAGCUGAUUCACGCCCAAAUGGGACCAACUCUCACGCUCUCGCGUGCUCUCACCGACAACGAUCGACCGCAAGACGGGCAAGUCUCAGCCCGUCUUGCGCCCGUUGUACUUUCGUGGUCUUUUGCUUUGACAACUACCUACCAAAUCCACGCCAAUGGAGCCAUUCACAUCACAUGCAGCGGCAAGCCUGAAGGAGCAAAUCUUCCAGAGACUGUCCCACGUAUUGGCUUUGAGAUGGCCCUACCAGCCGCCUUCGACACCGUAUCCUGGUAUGGUCGGGGUCCAGGAGAGAGCUACAAAGACAAGAAGCUGUCGCAGCAUUUUGGGAAUUACACCUCGAGCGUGGACGAUUUGUUCGUGGACUACGAAUUCCCGCAGGAGAACGGCAACAGAACGGAUGUUCGAUGGGUGGAGCUGUCUUCUUCCUCGCUGGCAGCAAGCUCGUCUGCUGCUUUGGCGACUGCUACGCAGGCAGCUAAUACUGCGUUCAACGCUGCACAAGGCAUGUUUAAGAACUUGUCUCGACGGGCUACGGAUCUCAUGUCGCCAUCAGCCACGCAGCCUACCGCGCCGGAGCAGUCGCCCACCCUACAGCCUAAGCCAGCCGCAGAACCCAGCACCAGCAGUUCCUCCAAACCCUCGUUGAAGGCCUCGUUCGGCGCCGCCCCCGGUUUCUCCUUCAACGCCUCACACUACACGUCCGCCGACCUGGAGAAGGCAAAGCACCCCUUCGAGCUCAAGCCAUUGAAGCGUGACUAUGUCGUGCUCAGACUGGAUGCCGAUCAUCAUGGGUUGGGUACGGGUAGCUGUGGGCCCAAGACCUUGGAUGAGUAUGCUUUGAAGACGGCGCCGUUUGAAUUUGAAUUGGUACUUGAGUAG